AUUCAUUGAUAAUUUUGCAUUCGCCCUGAUAUCGCGUUGUUUUCAGAUUGAGUCUGUAAAUCGUCGAUCGCCCCCGUUGUGUGCCGUUAAUAUUUGAGACAAAUUCCACGUUUGCCCUCCUAGUCCCAGGGGCUGAUUGUUCCGCGCGGUUCCACACUCUUCUCGCGUAUUCGUGGUCUUUAUUAAGAUAAAUCAGUGUGCCUCUAUUAAUUGUAGUGUAAUUUAUUGACUUAGUGAAAAUACAGCAGUGAUUUAGCAAAGUGAUACAAUUAAAAUUAGUGUUAAUUGAAAUUUAAUUGAAGCUGAUUGGUUUUAAUGAAAUUGCUAGAAAAUGGAAUCUGCCGGGUUUGAUGAUCAAAUAUUUAGUGAUUUCAAUGAUACGCUCAAUCCGCUCAGUGCCAAAGCGAUUCAGGCGGGCGGCCCAAGCGGUCACAACAUACAGGUGGUGCUGGGCAUAAACCAACAUUCUCCGGAUUCCUGUACGCAACGAUUACCUGAAGUGAAUAGCAUCCUGGCGGCGGGUUCGCCUAGUUAUAAAAGCAUCGAUUAUACUAAUUUAAAUAAAGUGGACUACCACCCCAACGGAAAAGUUGAUCCUCAGUAUUCUCCGAAUUCUAGCAAACUAGAAUACAUCAACUGUAAGCUCGAAUACUACCCUUCGCAACUUAAUGUCGAUAAUAACCUGAAUAAAAUAGAAUAUGUUAAAACCUUAGAUUACAAUGCCAAUGGUCGCAUGGAGUAUUCCCCGCCGUCCAAAACGGCAGACUACGGAAAUGGAAAGAUGGAGUAUGAAACCACCAUGACCAUGUUCCAGCAGCCUCCACCGAUGAAUCCAACUACGCUGAAUGGAUUAAAUGAUCCGAGCAAACGGAAAAGUGAUGAUGUGAACAGUGCGUCAGGAUCGUCUACUCCGACUACGACUACGUCGAUUAGCAAUGUCAACGGAAGUGAUUGUGCGUCUAGUUCAAACAAGAAGAACGAUAAGAAAAAGUCUGACCCCAAUGGAAUCAAGAAGAAGAAAACGAGGACCACCUUCACGGCAUACCAGCUGGAAGAGCUAGAACGAGCCUUCGAACGAGCACCUUAUCCGGAUGUUUUCGCACGGGAAGAGCUUGCCAUGAAGCUCAAUUUAAGUGAAUCUCGAGUACAAGUUUGGUUUCAGAACCGGCGUGCCAAGUGGAGGAAACGCGAACCACCUCGGAAGUCGGCAUAUAUGGGCAAUAACAGUCCAUCAACGCCAAUGAAUGGCCCGAUUGGCGGCACCUUCACGCAGUUUCCGCAAACGACGACCGUAACUCCCCCGAGCAGUGUGGAAAGUUGGUCCACUUAUCAAACACCAUAUGAGUUGAGCUCUCACUUCAACCUGCUGUCGCCUGCCGCCAGUCCUUACGGCCCCUUCACCACCCAGUACGGUACUUACGUGCACGAAAGUCAAUUAUUUCCCGUAAGGCAGCAUUUCGAUUACGGCAGUCCGUCAAGAACAGGGACAGAACCCGAGGAACCACAUCACAAAGCCGAGCACUAUGCCUCGUUGGACGAUAAAUUCGAUACGCACUGCACUGUGUCGGACGGCGUCCCGAAUGGGAAAUAUGUCGACGACACGAAGUACAUACACGCCGUAAACAUCAUAGACGACCCAAAGUAUGCCAGCGGUUGCCACCUGGAAGACCCUUCGCUCAAGCAGUCCCAUUACGGCACACCUACCACAUCUUGCCAACCUGGCGACGAAGCGGAGUCGCUCGGCAUCGUCAAAUCAGAGGACGGCGUUAGUCACAGCUAUGUGCUUCCGCCUUUUUUGCGCUGAAGCAAAUGCUUUCGGCAAAACGUUCUUAACAUGCACUAGACGACCACAUUGUCCUGCCGACGUCUUCCUGUGGCAAGAAGGCAGCAAAAACUUGAGUGAGCCUGGAAAAGUAAUUUGAAAGCCAAGUAGACAGCCGCCUCAUUCGAAAAUCCGGUCCGGCAGAGGAGAAAAAAAAGUAGAAGCUAAAUUCCUGAACACAAUUUGGAACAAAAUCCCCCGCAAAAUUAUGUCUGACGUCGGACCCAUGGGAUGUUUCGGAUUCCUAUACAUAUUUAUUUGCCAUUCCAUAGCGCACACGUAUACGUUUAUCUCGUGUGUAGAUUUAAGAAUCGAUCUGUUUUAUAUAACUUGUUUAUGUAAAUAUCCGAGCAAAUUGAAGCUUAUAGAGUUAUGAUAAUCAAAAUUAUGUUCUGGCCAAAACCCGUACGUUCGCUGGUUGUUCCUUACCUAACGGAAUCAAAACCAAAGGCUUACUUGUUGGUACACCAUAUUCGAACAAGAUCAUCAACAAGUUCAUUGAAAGCAUUCAACAUGAAUACAAACAGAAGAUACCGUGCAGGGAAUGUAAAGCAAACACUUGGAUCAAUACACUAUUGGAAGGUUCGAAACUUUCUUGUGAUAGCAAUCUAAACAUGAAUUUUCAUUUAAAUUCAUCCAAAGACCUACCGCAUUUGCAAGUUAGCCCUUUAAUAGCCCCAUCUAUAAUAGUUCAGGUAUUAAUGGAUUAAUCGGAAUUUGAUAAAGGUGCAUCCAACUUAUGCCACAUUGCAACUUAGGAAUCACCGGAAUAUAUAUUCAAAUAUUAUCUCACAGUUCAAAUAUCGCAUUGUUGUCAAUAAUCAAUUGAAGAGGAUUAACCCAUCAAGUUGUUCAAAGAUCACAAUAUUUUUCUCACAAGCUAAACAAAUGACUACCCUUAACCAUCCUUAACCAACAAUGGUUGUGGUUCAUCACAAACGAACCACCCCAUUCAAGGGAAGGUUGUAUAAAUUAAAUUGGGUUGAAAAGAAGGUUCACAAACCUGGGUCUGGGGGCGAUAGAAGCAUUUGGAUGGAUCAAACUUUUUCGCCUGCACAGGUAACCCACGCGUACAUCUUGUUCACACCGCAUCGAUGCGUAGAAUUUCAAACAAUUUCAUGUGCCCCUAAAUCAAUCAACCAUUACUUGUUGCUCCAGUGUCGUGAAUUACCUGAGGGUGCGUUGGCCUCGAUAUGUGCUAGGGGAAUCAUGGUUGGUUUCUAUAGAUGAGGCAAAGCUAUCCUUUGAAAAUUUCGAAGAUAAUUAUUGGUGAAGUAGUACUAAUGUAAACAGAUCAACACAGAACACUGUUAAAUGUGUUGAAUACACUGAGUUUCACUCCGGAAAUGCAUAUUACCUCAGCUUCCCUUGCGGUAAAAUGUAAAGCAACAACCAGGGUAAAAAAAAUGUCAAUACACGUUUAUAAACAGUGCUGCAAUAGGUAUCGAAAAACACUUUCAAGGGAAUCAUGUCAGUUUUCGAAACACGUAUUUACAACGCGACCUCGAACAAGAGAGGAACAGGAGCAAAAAAGCUUCACAUAAAAACAGAUCGGGAUGGCACACUCUUUUUACCUUGCUGCCCUACGGCAUCAUACAAAGCUGUAAUAACAUUGACGAAGACCCACUCAAUCGUCGAUGGAAGCUUAUCCCCAUCAUGUCUCCGUCACCAUCAGCCACAAGCAUGUCAACCCGGUGAUACACUGUGGAGUGUAUAGCCACAAACAAAAAGACACAUCAACUGAAAAGAUUAAUUUGUUUAGUUGCAAUAUAGUGGUUAAAAGGUCUUUUCGAACCACUCGAAACACACCAAAGUGACGUUCACAUCGGCAAAACAAGCAUGCAAAAAUUUAAUUUUUAGGUGUGGGAAAGCAACGAACAAUACUCUGUUAAGAGUGAUGUUUUUCUUUUCUUAUAUACCUAACUUUUCUACGUUUGUUUAUAAAUUUUCAAAAAAAAGCAACAGUUAAGGGUUUCUUAGAAAAGUUUGCCCAAAAAUGUAUCGUUUGAUACAAUAUUUAUUCAUCAUUUGACCGUUGUGAUUUUUUUCUUAGCACAUUGAUUUGGUUUGAAAUAAAACGUAACAAUCCGCUUAUCUGUGGUCUAGUAGAUGGUUUAUGAGGGAAAUAUCAUUUUCCGUUGCUUCCCAUUCAUGGUAUAUUUAUUCAAUAUCAAAUUCGCCCUACCUGUAAGCAGCGUUGAUUGAUGAAAACACAAAUUAUUAUAAAAAAGCAAAGAAGACAAGAGGCGUGGAAAAUGAUUUGUAGCUCGGGGCGAACCGUAUUAAUUCUCCGUGACACAGAAACCUGUGGUCCGGAAACCCGCAAAGGGAGCUGGGGGCUCAAUGUUUCAAUGUCACUCAGCUGAUAAUCCUACGAUGAAUUGCCAUUUUACUACUGUGUUUACUUGGAAUCAAGAUAGUUCGUUAGCGUUAUAUUUAUGAUGAAAAUACCCUGAAAUUCAUGAGCUGAUCUAUACCUCUGUUAUGAAUAUGGUUCUGUUUAAAAUAAAAUUGCAAGUCGUGGAAAAUGAUAUUGCCUAUGUUUGAAAAUUCUUUUGAUGAUUGAAUUCAUUUGUACGAGAUCAACCUUCUUAUCGCGAUUCUAAGAAGAAACCAUCGUAGUUAUUCAUAUUCUUUAUGUGCAAGAAAAGCAGAUACAAGAAAUAGCAUGACGGAUCUUACACGAAUGAAGCCAACUUAAAAUGGGCAUGUUUUCUGGAAGCCAUAAUGGCAUUCUCAGUAUUGUAUAGAUUUUACCUAUGUGAUUGUCCAUUAAUUUGUUUCAGACCUUCCCUGCCGUAUAGGAUCUUCUCAUCGGCUUCAAAAACAUUCGAAAACUACCCAUAAGUAGUUGGUACAACAUAAUCAUCAAAGUCUUGCCAAUAAUUUAAGUAAGUGAAAUACAUCGACAGUUAAGAUACUAUUAAUUCCAUAGAUGAGCUAAAGAAAUGUGUAGCCAAGUCUGCAUGACAUCACCAUAACGCUCAAUAGGCGCAACACGUGUCGUCAAACGUCGAUGGUGAACGACUGUAAGAAAAAAACACAAUAGAUUGACCUAACCGUGUUGUCGCUUAUUUAUGAAAUUUGUAGUAAAUAUUAUAUAAAUCUACUUGCAUUACUAUCUUUUCGUUUUGCUUCUUUUAUAUUUUUGUGUAAAACAUUUUUUUGUAGAUUGCAUUCGCCUAAAGUGCCUUAGGAAUACGGUUCAUGUACAUUUAUGAAACUUCAAACAUUCGGUUAUCGUAGUAAGCAGCUUCGAAAUCAAAGGAACUCGUAAAUUACUUGUUUUCGUAAAAGUGAAACUAUUUGUAUUUUAUCUUCAAAUGUAUAGCAAAAAGUAGUUGAAUAUAACUGUAGUGCAAAUAAAGCUGCUUUAGAGUUUGUAUAAAUUUGGAGCAAAUGCUGCAUUUUAUGAGUUGUAUAUAAUCAAAUGUAUUAGAAAACAUUAUAUGAUUUCGCUUUUAAGCUGAUGCAAAUAUUUUUUUACUAGUUUGAAAUAAUAUUUGUAUCGGCUACACUUUUCUGUGUAUACGCUGAAUACCUUCCCAAUUUAGAUUCUACUCAUGUAUGUUACCUAUUGAUAACAACCAAAAUUAUAAAACCAAAGAAAAAAUACAGGCCAUAAUAAAAUACAUUCAAAUCGCUAUUAAUUAGCCGUUGUAUUGUAAGUUAAGUAGGAUAAUAUUGUUGAUACUAAUGAGAUUACAGCAACAUUCGAUAUACCUAAGAAAAGUUAUUUGUAACUUACUACUGCUGUUUGAAAAAAGAUAAUAUAAUAAAAACACAUGAAACAAAACA